AUGGAUUUAAAAACCCUACUCGACAAUGGUAAAGCAAUGGAACUGGCAAAAUCUCAUCUGUCUGUGAUGGAAGGAAACACUGAAGAAACUGCACAGGAGAAUGCGUAUCGGAUCAAAUCAGUGAACCAAAACAAAACACGCAAGAAAAACAAUUACUCAGUGAAAAUUUGUUUUUAUUGUGGCGGCUCGUUUCCACACAAAGGUCAGUGUCCUGCUAAAGGGCGAAAAUGUUUUAAUUGCAAUGAUUAUGGUCAUUUUGCAAAGUUUUGUAGGAAGCCAAAACAGAAGAAGUUUUCACGUUCUGUUAAUAAUUUGAAAGCAAGCUCAAAGAACUCAAGUAAAGUUGAAUCUCAAAGUUGUGCAAAUUCUGAAUACUCAAUGAAGGUUGAACAGUCUCAGAUUUGUAAUAAGCUUCCAACAGUUGAAGUGGAUGUUAAUAGUGUUAAAUGCUGUUUUAUUGUUGACAGUGGUUCUAGUGUUAACAUCCUAGACAACAAAGCGUAUCAAGAAAUACGGAGGAAUACUUCCAAAUGUUGCAGGUUGUGUCCUGCUGAUACAAAGUUAUUUGCUUAUGGUAGUGAAAAACCACUGCAGUUAAUUGGCAAAUUUGCUGCAAAUGUGAAGUCAAAUGAUGGCCAGCAACUGUCAGCUGAUUUCUAUGUAAUGAAACAUGCCAAAGGUUGUUUAAUGUCCAAUGACACAGCAGAACAACUUGGAAUACUGAAGAUUAUACAUUCCGUUGAAAAUGAACGAGAAAAGCGUACAAAGGAAAUUCUGUCAGAGUAUGAUAGUAUAUUUCAUGGUGUCGGAAAACUCAAAGGAUACCAGUUAAAGCUGAACAUCGAUGAAUCUGUGGAUCCAGUACAUCAAAACACAGAAGAGUACCAUUUAAAACCAGAGCUAAAGUGGAAAAGGCAAUUAAAGAGCUAUAUGAAAAUGAUAUCUGUGAAGAUGUGGAUAAUACACCAACUCCGUGGGUAUCUCCUAUAG